UUGUGUUGAUUAGGAAGAACAUCUAGUUUCGAGUUUCGGUCCGCAAGGAAUGGCUGGUGUAUGCUGUUCACCGGGCUUUCUUCGACAGAUUGAAAAACCAAAGGAUACGGAGGCGAUUGAUUGUCUCAAGAAAACGGUACAACUGUUGGGAAGGACGGAGAUUGAACAAUUGGUCUCCCAAAUCGAAUCUGUUUGGCAGCCUCAUCAUGAGAGCGCAUUUGGAGUAGAAGGUGCUAGUUCGAAUUUAGAGAUAUCUAAUUCCGAGUUUGGUCGCCUAUUGGUAAAAAACCUAUCGACGAAUUGUGGUGAAAAUAAUGUUUCCAAGGCAUGCUUUCUUAAUAGACUGAAGCGAGAAACGCAGAAUGUUCUCAGCGAUGUACUGAAAGAGGAAGGUAAUAUGAGGUGGGUGGCAGGAGGGCUGUCUGUCGUCUCAUAUACAAUGGAAGAACUGAAGAAUAGAAACAACUUCGGGAACGAGUAUCGGCAUUCUCUUCUGUACAUGCUUGGUCUGCUCAAACACAUGAACAAUCAAACUGCCUGGGACCUGCCAAAGGAUAAGCGGGACUCUAUAGUCCAAUUUAUCGUAGUCGGAUGCCUUGUGUUUGCUAUCCCAUUGGAAACCAAAAUUCACUUUGGAUGUGGGUCUCAGCUAAAUGUGGCCGACAUAAAGAAUCUUGAGUUCCGAUUAGGGUCCACUCAUGAAGACCUAGCGUUCGGCAUCAUUAAGAAGAGUAUUCAGCCACACACUCGACAUAUAAAUGAAGUGGGCAUAAAGGAAGCACGAGAGCUAGUGAUUGAGCUUUUGGAUGUCCAAAGUGAUGACAAAUCCAGGAGAGCCAUCGUUAUUGAGGGCCCCGAUGGUAUUGGGAAGACUACAUUCGCCAAUGCUACCUUCAGCCGUCUCCAACUCAGACGCUAUAAAGUCGCCAGACUUGACAUUGACCAUGAUGUUUCCGAACCUGAUAUGAAGAUCUUGCAGCAGCGGAUUUUACGCGACUUGUUCCGCAAAGAUAUUAUUUUGAAGAGUUGUGUGGAGGGUCGAGCACGUCUGUCAAAUGCAUUCAGGGAGGAAGCGUGUCGGCCUAUCUUUAUUUUUAUUGACACCGCCCACUGUAAGUUUGAUCUAGGUAAAUUGCUACCAGAGGACGAGCAGUUGCUUCCAAUUCAGAGCAGGAUCCUCAUAACCACUACGGACCGCACUAAAUGUAGCAUACCUGCAUAUAUUGACAUGAAUCACUACCAGAUGAAGCCUCUGGCGAACGCAGAAGCAAAGAUUCUUAUAGGGAAAAAUGUCUUAGGUGGAGCUGAAACUAUCGGCAGGUUGAUAAAAACAUGUCGUGGCAUCCCUCUAGCUCUCACAAUGCUUGCAUCUUACUUGCGCAAAAAUGGUGACCAGAAUUCAGCACAUGCAUUUGACUCCAUAAAUCCAUCUUCAUCAAAAGCAUCUGAUAUCUGUAGUAGCAUAGUUGAUUUUUUAUAUAAAAGAUUGGAAGAAAUACACAAUGAAACUUAUACAGAAGCCUUUCUAGACAUAGCUAUCUUUUUCAACAACUGGGAACGGCACCUGGUGACUCUUAUAUUUCCAGAAAUAGAACUGACCGUGCUGGAAGAGAUGGGACUUAUAAUGAUCUCCCGUGAAGACAGAUUGAGCAUCAAUGCUGCAGUUACAAAACGAGCAAAAAAAAUUUCAGGAACAGAUAGAAUAACCAACGUGGAAUCCUUCAAUGCUCUUCGAGUUAAACAGAACCUCUCCCAAGUCAAAGGGAUAUGGCUUUCAGAAGGCGAACUUGAAGCUGCGGCUUUGGACGAGAUGCAUAAGUCUUUAAGAGUUUUGUACUUGGGGAAGUCGGCCAAAGUGAAGGGAGAAUACAUAAAUAAAUUUCAUAAUUUAAGGUUCUUCUAUCUAUACAAUAAGGAUCAUCUACCACAGAGUCUUAUUAAUUUCACCCGGUUGACAUAUUUUCAUGGCAGCAUAGAGAAUGACCACUAUUUUGAUAAGGCAAGUCAAUCGUUUAAAAAUAAAUUGUUUCCCUUCUGUUUUCUGUAAGAUAAUUUUUUUUUUUCUGCUAACGGGGAUUAUAU